UUGUGGGUCCCAUCUCUUUUUUUCGAAUGGGCUUACGGAGCUGAUUCAUGAUUGGGCUAAUCAUAGAUUUAGCCCAGAACUAUUGACUUCUCUUGGUUUAGAUUAGGGUAACCGUCGCCUCUUCUUUCCUUCGUCUCUGUCGAUUCCAAUUCCAGACGAUGUCAUUUCUUUUGCUAGAUCUUUAUGACUCUAUGCAAGUCCUCCGAUGGCGAGACGAUUCCACCUCCCGUAACGCCUUUUAAAGCUUUCUCCAUAUAAACUUCCAUUCUACACUUCUUACAAUUGGUUAAGUCUCAUUCUCUGUUACGAAAAUGGCUUCACCAGCUGCUCCACUCGCCAACUCCGCAGUUGCCUACACCACCUUCAACUCCCUCCGCCUCGGAAGAACCGUUCAGUCGGUCAGUCGAUUGUUGGUCGGCUCAUCCGCCACUGGGAUUCCCGGAACAUCAACAAGAAUGGAAAGUUCAUGGGAAUUACGAUUCUCCUUCUCGAUGAACUGGACAGUGCUAACAGGGCCAGCCAGUUUCGGAUAUUCAGCCAGCCGAUGUGUAACUACUGACGUAACCGGUGUAGUCAGGUUUACGUGUUGAGCUCCCUAUUGAUGAUGGCAAAGAUAGCGCCACUGAAAAUUUCGAUAAGGAGAUGUCAAGACUUACCAAACAGGAAGCUGUUGUUCUUGCCCUCGAUGUGGUGCUUUCUUUCCUUCGUAUAUAAAUUUAGAUUAGUGUUGGCAUUUGUAGGUUAGUAUAGCUUACAGAUAUUGUUGACUUGCUGCAGGUUUCAAACGACGAAGAUGAAUAUCUCCCAAGAAGUCUGCAAGAGCUAGAAGGGAAGGAUUUUGUGUUUCAGAUCCGUGUCAUACCUUUCAACUUCACUCCCAACCACCGUACCUUCACUGUCUCCACCAUCACUGAAGAUAGAUUGCCUAAUUUUACAUGUCAAUAUGUUACUGCUUGGGCCCUUUCUAAUACAUCACGUACAUGUAACUCAGGAACACUCUGAGAGCAUUCUUCCAAACAGUUAAGGUGAAGUAGGGUUAGCAGCUUCGUCUCCUGGCCCCUCUAUUUUGGGAUACAAGAUUGGUGAGCAAUUUGCUUCAGCAAUUCCUGCAGAAAAUACAACCGCUCUGAAGAAACGCAAGCGUGGCCGUGAGUAGUUGGGAAAAUCCAUUCCUAUCAUCCCGUCAUCAGUCUUAUCUAUUUUUUUAAUAGCUUCUAAUAGCUAUGUUUCUCAGUAUGAACUUUGGAUCUUUUUCCUUUAUUGUUUUCAUAUUCACAGAUAUUUUAUCUCUGUUUUUAAUAUUAAUGAAUCUUUGACGGGUUUACUUUGAUUCACCA